AUGGCUACGCAAAUGUGCUGUACCAUAAAAAUGAAAGUAGUUACACGGAAUACAAAUUUACAAACCUUAACGGUUUUCGACAAACGGGCGCCUGCUGCAUUUGUAGUACACCCAAACGCACAAUAUGCCGUGAAGGAUGAAAACGAUACACCCACAAAUGUCUCAACAAAAGCCACUUCCGAAGCCAUAGCAGACGAAGUUCAAAGCCGAAUUUGCACCAAUAAUUUUCAAAUGACAUCGAUUGAAACAAAUCGCAAAAAAUGA